CAACCCAUCAAACCCCCCAAACCACCAGUCCAAGCUGAUCUCUCUUCCCAUUCUCCUAUUAAUACUACCCACCAGGGCACUAGACCCUUCUCCAAAUGGGUUCUUUUCAGGCCAUGGAAGAAGACUCAAAAACCUCCUCAAAUGUCACCACUAGUGAGGACACCAAAGGUACCCACACAACACCCUUCUCUGUCUUCAUCUUGUUCACUGAUCUGGGUUUGUUCUGGUUCAGAGGAAACAGCAAAGGAUUCCAAGGUGGAGUUCUCUGAAGAUGAGGAGACACUCAUAGCUAGAAUGUUUAGAUUGGUGGGAGACAGAUGGAAUUUGAUUGCGGGAAGGAUCCCGGGAAGAUCUGCAGAAGAGAUCAAGAAGUAUUGGACUUCCAAGUCUGUCUCAUCGUCGACUAAACAACAUGAUUGAGAGGAAGAGGCUGUGAAGACCGAAUAGAACUUCAUUGGCUUUAUCUUCAAACAAGUGUAAAUUCAUGUAACAUGUAGUGACGUUGUUGGUUGUUGGUUGUUGAACUGGUGAAGUAUUUGCAGUCA